AUGGCAAUCUUGGGAUCAAAGAAGCGAUGCGCCGAGGCCGUCGCCGCCGCCCCAUGGUACGCCUGUGCCACCGGUGGUGAUCUUGGGAAGGUCCCAAAAGGGUACUUCCCUGUCAUGCUCGUCGACGACGGGGAGGACGAUGAACAGGGCCAGAGGAUCUUGGUGCCAGUAAAGAUGCUAAGAGAGCCGUGCAUGGAGGCCCUGCUGGAGCUGGCGGAGCAGCAGUUUGGGUAUGGCCAACGUGGCGUGUUGAGGAUCCCGUGCACUGCGAUCCAUUUCCAGCACAUAAUCAACGGGUUGAUGAAGAAUAAUGGGGGUAGUAGAUAG